AUGGCAGAAAUUGAUUCAUCAAUUUCAUCUAAGAUAUUCUCUCCUAUUUCAAUUGCACUCCAAAUUUGUUACAUUGCAAACAGAAGAUUAUCAAAAUUGGAUUCCUACAAACAAUUAUUUGUUACAUUUAUCACAAAAUACAACAUUUUGUCGAAUGAUUAUUUCGAUUCUCAUAUUGACAAAGAUCUUCGACAAUUCACUAAAACAUCUGAUGCCGAAAUCGCGAAUCAUUAUCAUAUGAUCAAAGAAAUGAAUUAUUGGAGACAGAAGAAAUAUUUCAAGUAUCAUUACGAAAACACUGUUUGUAAUGUCAGAUCAUUACUUGACAAAUACAUCAAUUUUGGAUAUGAUGAAAAUGAUUCACCACUCAUUGCUGCAGCUAGAAUGAUGAUGUUAGAAGUUAUGAAAUUUGUCAAAAGUGACAGAUCUGUUAAUUCAAAUGAAUCAUAUAUUCUUUCUCGCAUUGCAAUCGAUUUUAAUGACAAAGAAAUGCUUACUCUUCUUAAUGAAUGGGGCAUUUCACCACAAGUUUCUGAACGAGAAUUAACAAACAACCAAGAUUUGUUUGAAAAUAUCUUAGAAUUCGUUCAAUCAGAUAAACUGAAACCAUCUGUUGAAAAACAAAUCGUUGAUCACAAUUUCGACAAAGUGCGUGAGAUAAUGAAAGGUCGAGAAGAAGAUAGAUUGGAAUUACUUUCAGAACCAUUGAGAUAUUGUAUGUCAGAAAAUGACUUGGAAAGUGUUGAUUUCAUUUUGUCAAAUUACCUGAAAGUUUACGAAAAACUUCCAUCAUUCAAUUUCUCUGCUGUUUAUUUAUCAUUGAACUGGCAUUAUGAUGAAAUAUUCAUUCAUCUUCUCAAAACAUAUAAGGAUAUUAACUUUGAUGAAGUUUAUGAUGACAAACCACUCUUCUUUGAAGCAAUGAGUAAUUCUCAUUCCGACAAUACCAUUCUUUACAUUAUAAAUGGUAUUAAAAAUAUCAAUGCUUCUUAUUAUGAUACAACAAUUCUCCAGAGACUUGCUGAUCAUGCAUCAAAUUAUCCAAAAUCACUUAGAAGACUUGUUGAAAGAGGUUGCGAUGUCAAUUUGUCAACAAAAUCAUCUUUACCACCAUUAUUACUAGCUGCACAACGCGAUUAUGAGACAGCAGUUUUCCUUCUAAAGAAUGGGGCAAACUUCAAUAGUGUCAAAACAGCAGAUGAAAAUAUUAGAAACCAAGCCGAAUGUUACAUUGAAGAUUUAAUUGAUGAUCUCUUUAAACAUCAUGAAUUUGAUUUGAUCAAGAAUAUUGUUGAUGCCAACGACAAGUCAAAAUAUAAACUGAUGAUAAAACAGAUUGCGAAAUCAUUCGACAGAGAAGAUUUAGCUGAAGUUGAUUUCAUUUUGCAAAAUUACAUCAAGUCUAAUGAAAAAGUUUCUGAAACUAAUUCGACAGUAUUUGCAUUUGCUAUUUACAAUAAAGCACACAAAUCUGUCUGGCAUAUUAUGAACAAUUCUGAAAUUGAUUAUGACGAAAUUGUCGAAGAUUAUCCAUUAAUUUUCUACGCUGUUGAGAACAAAACAACAGAUGAUGUUGUUCUUAAAAUGGUCAAUCAAUUGAAAGAUGUCAGUCUUGUCAGUCACAACCUAUCCAUUAUUCAGGAAUUAGCGAAGAAUGCUCCAUAUUAUGACAAAUCAUUUAAGAGAUUGAUUGAAAGAGGUGCAGAUUUCAGAAAAAUCCCACCAAAUUCAACACCAACAGUUUUAUUGUCUGCACAAAAUGACUAUGAUACAACUAUGUUUUUGCUUGAAAAAGGUGCUGAUUUCAACAGUCUUGAUGUCAAUGGUGAUAAUAUUCUUAUGUGUUCAUUAAUGUGUCCAGGAGACAAGAUGUGGAAAUAUGUUGUUGAAAAAGGUGUAAUUGAUUCUCCAAAAUCGAAUAUUUACAAACCAAUACAUAUUGCAGCUAUGCAUCGAAAAUGCGAAGCAAUCAAAUUCUUUGUUUCUAAAGGAGAAGCAGUUGAUGUCAGAAACCAAGAUGGAAUAACACCAUUAAUGGUUGCUUCUGAUACAUAUGUUGUAGAUACGCUUCUUGGACUUGGUGCCGAAAUCAAUGGAGUAUCUAAAGACGGAAGGACAGCAAUGCACUACGCAUUCAUCAAAAGGAACCAUAUUGUUGCAAUGUAUCUAAUUCAGAAGAACGCGCGACAUGACAUUCGAGACAUUUACGGUAAGACAGCUCUUGAUUAUGGUGAUGGCUGGGAAUUUUUAGUUGAAUUUGCUAAAUUAAAAAAAAAAAAAAAAAAAGGUAGUGGGGCUUCCAGGGGCUGCGCCCCUUCUAGCCCUGAAGAUGUUUAG